AUGGCGUUAAAUACGAGAUAUAUCGAGCUCGCCAAGCAGCUGCACCCGCGGCUACAGCGUUUCUUCGCCAAAUACCCCCCGAACCAGAUCCUCCCGGUUUCGACGAGGACGAAUACAAUCAAGGACGGUGCUACGCCGAACCCUUUCCUGCCACAUAAACACCCGGUAACUGGGAAAUGGCAUGAUCCGGAAUUCUCCCUGAGGCGGCAAGCUGAACUCGUAAAAUUGGCGAGGGAACAGGGAGUAGAGGAGUUGUUACCGUUCACAUCUAAGGGCACAGAGGAGCGUAUACGGCACAGAGUUGCGCACGGUUUGAGGGUUCGUGGUACUGGUGUUGGACAAUCUGUCAAGGGUCACUUGCACGAAAGAAUGCUGGCUGCCAAGAUGGAGAAGAGAAGAACGGCUAUGUUGGGCAUGCCGAGACUUGUCAGAGAAUGGCGGAAGAUCGGGAAAAACAGGUGGACCAAAUAUCCACGAUGA